CAGGAGGCUAAAGAACAAAAAAAAGAUGAUGAGUACAGGAAACUGCUGCUUCUGUUGCCAGUAGACACCCAGAACUCCCGGUGGAAGGUCCAUAUGAUUCGUGACAUUUCACCAUUUUAGGAGAAAAGUCAGUGAAAAAGCUCCACUUUCUGAAAAAAUGAUGUCAUCAAAAAGGAGAAAAAUUAAUUUGAAUGACAUUCUAGACGAGCUAGAGAAACCUACCAUGUCUGACGAGAGUGAAGUUAGUGAUGAAGAUGAACCCAGUGGAAUGGUAAAACAAACUGAAGUACAUGACCUUUACAUCAUGCUUGCAAAUGAUGGUGCUGUGACAGAUGAAGAUUCUGGCAAAGAAGAAAGCGUGGAUAUCUCUAAUCUUCCUGCAACACAACUAACUGCUUUUGCAGUGAUAGAAUCUUCAGAGUCACAAGAUGAUGCAGAUGAAUGUGUUGAAGGACAAGAAUCCCAGAAAAAGAAAUUGAUAAAACUCAGAAAAUGGAAAGCACAAGAUCUCCCAGAAAAGAGAAAUGUUCCAUGUUAUCCAUAUAAACCAUCAGUUGCUGAUAUUCCGCGUAAGCCUAGUCAGACACUUGAGCUUUUCUUGGAUGUAUUAGCAAUUGAGCACCUAGUGAAACAAACUGUGAACUAUGCUAUCCAGAAUGGUAAACAUUCAUUCAUGUUAACAAGUGAUGAAAUAAAAACCUUCAUAGGAAUUUUGUUGGUGUCAGAGUACUGUUGUGUUCCAUGUCGCAGACUGUAUUGGCAGAGACAGCCAGAUGUCUACAAUGUGCUUAUUGCUGACUCCGUGCGUCGGGAUCGCUUUGAGGAAAUAAUGAAGCUCUUUCAUGUGGCAGACAACACAAAGCUUCCCAGAAAUGACAAGUAUGGCAAAGUUUCUCCUUUCAUGGAAAUCUUGAAUGGGAACUUUCUCAAGUACAGGGAAGUAUUUGGGUCAAGUAAUAUCUCUGUUGAUGAGUCAAUGAUCCCCUAUUUUGGUCGAUAUCCAACUAAGCAGUUAAUUCAGGGAAAGCCUGUGCGAUGGGGUUAUAAAGCAUGGGUUGCAGCUGAUCCAGAUGGUUAUGUUUUUUAUAUAUCUGUUUUAUCAAGGCAAAGAUGGUGCUAAGGAUAAGGGUAAUGGAGCUUAUGGACUUGGUGGAAAAGUUAUUCUUGGUGUUUUGAAUGUUAUAGAAAAAUAUUAUCCAACAAAGAAGUUAUUCCUUUACUUUGAUAACUUCUUUACAUCACUCAAACUUAUAGAAAAAUCAAAAGCAGGGGCCAUGAUGCUACUGGCACACUAAGAAAAAACUGAAUUGAAAAAUGCCCAUUUACUAACCCUGCAAAGUUUACGAAAUUACCUAGGGGAUCUGAAGAACAUUUUUGUGAUGCUAAAUCAGGAAUAAUUGCAGCACGCUGGCACAAUAAUGGCAUUGUUACCAUUGCAUCAUCUGAGUAUGGUGUAUCACCAGUAGUGAAGGCUGAAUGUUAUGCUGCUUCUCAAAAGAAAUGUAUGAAUGUUUUGAUGCCAAAUGCCAUCCAUCAGUAUAAUCGGAAAAUGGGUGGUGUUGAUAGACUAGAUCAAAAUAUUGCACAGUACUGGCCUUCAAUUCGUGGGAAAAAGUGGUACAUUCCAAUUGUCACUUACCUGAUUACAUUAUGUGUAAAUAAUGCCUGGAUUUUUGCAAGGGAAGGAGGGUACAAACAGGAUAUGUUGUCAUUCAUACGUGCUGAUGGUACUGAAUGGCUACAGAAUCAUGGCAAAAAGCCAAGUAACCCAGGAAGAUCAUGAUUAGUUCUCAAUGUUGCAGGUGUAUCUGCACAAAUGCGGUAUGAUAAUGUUGGGCAUCACAUUGUGAAUAUGAAUCCUCCAAGGCGCUGUCAGACUGUAUUCAUAUGCCAGAAAUGUAAAGUAUACCUGCAUCAAAAGUGUUCAGUACAGUACCAUACCAUGUAGGCUAGCAGAAUCCUAUGAAAACGUAUCUAGGUUGUACUAUUUUUUUUCGAUAACUGUAUUAUAGCUCUCUCUCUCUCUCUCUCUCUCUCUCUCUCUCUCUCUCUCUCUCUCCAGGGGCUCUAAUCACUGGUUUUCUUUCAUUUAUAGUGAAGUAAUUCUCAUAUUUCUUUUUUAGUGAGGAAAUUAUUAUUAUGUAUCAGAAGUGAAAUGUAUCGUUUUUUUUUUUUUUUUUUUUUUCAAUUUUUCUUCCUUGCCAAUAAUUGUAUCCUAGUACCCUCCUUUGAUUUUUUUUAUGUGAAGAAGACUAAACUUGUUUUCCAUAGUGCCCAUAUAUGCAAUCAAGGGUUUUUCUUUCUUAUGUUUUUUGUUAGUACAUGCUGAUAGUUGCGUUUACACAAUGUGUAAUGCGGUCGGACUGCCGCUUGUUGCAUUUGUGCAACAACAACAUUUUUUGCAAUAAAAUGUAAGAAAUUGCA